AUGGCAGCCUCAGCCGGUGAAACCGCCGUCACGUACGAGCAAUUGCAAGAUCUCGAGAAAGACUUCGAGGAGGUCGAGGUCGAGAUAAUUCGUCAGCAAUUCGCUCUCACCAAGGAUCUGUACGAGAAGCGACAGCAGACAAUCGCUCAGAUCCCCAACUUCUGGCCCUUGGUCUUCGAGCAGGCCCCGCCCGAGGUGGACCAGUACAUCCAGCCGUCUGACUCGGCAUUGCUCUUGUCUUCCCUCACAUCCGUCUCGGUCUCCCGCUUUGAAAUCGAGAAUGGCGGUAAGGGUGACCCUCGCAGUGUUGCCAUCAAGCUCGAGUUCAGCGAGAACGAGUACUUUGAGGAUCGCGUCAUCGAGAAGAAAUUCUGGUACCGUCUCUCCAAGUCCGGCUAUGGGUCGCUCGUCAGUGAGCCUGUCCCUAUCAAGUGGAAGCCCGGUAAAGACUUGACCUCGGGCCUGCUCGACCUGGUCAUGGCCGUCUGGGAGCAGGAAAAGAAGAAGGGCGUGUCUGGAAGCGGCACCAUCCGGGAGGAGGACUUCACGCCCGAGCAGAAGGCGCUGAAGAAGAAAAUUGAUAACACCAGUCUUGGCGGCAUGAGCUUCUUCGCUUGGUUCGGAUUCCGAGGCUUGAGAACCUCUGCUGAGGAAAGCAAGAUGGCGACGGAGAAGGAGAAGGAGAAACAACGUCUCAGAGCUGAAGGAAAGGAGGUCCCUACCCACGACGAAGAUGAGGAUGAGGAUGAGGAGGAAGACGACGACCCUAUGCCCCUCGAGAUAUUCACCGAUGGAGAGGAACUUGCUGUCACUUUCAGCGAGGAUCUCUGGCCCGGCGCCAUCAAGUACUUCACACAAGCGCAGGACAAUGACGCUGCUAGUGACGCCGACUUUGAAGACGAUGAGGAUGAGGACAUGGAGGAUGACGAAGCUCCUGAGUUGGUCGAGGCCAAUGCAGGUUCCCCGCCUCCGUCCAAGAAGCGCAAGGCAUAG